UUCCCCGGAUACGCAUAAUUAUUUUUUGUUUUGAAUUUUUGCUUCUUUUUUCUGCAUUUUUCUUUGCUUCUGCCCUUUGAAAUCCAAUACGGAUCUCCUACUCCAACACUCACAGCACAAUAAAGAGAUCUUUCCAUUUGAAAUCUGAGUUAUUCAGCAAUUGAGAGUCAUGAUCAGAAUCCUCCAUUCCUUAACCACUCGGUGCACAACUCCCUCGCACGUCUCUCAGAUUCUAGCGCAGCUUAUCGUCCAGAAUCUGACCGCGGACAGCACCGUCGCCGCCGCCUUCAUCUCCUCCUGCCGCAGACACAACCUCCUCACUUCCGCUUCCUUCCUCCCCCUCUUCAUAAACAACCACACCAGGCCCCACACCUUCGUCUGCAACACCCUUCUCAGAGCCUUCUCUCAUUCCAAUGCUCCCCACACCUCUCCAAUUAUCUACUCUCACAUGCACACAAACUCCAUUCCCGCCAAUCACUACACUUUUCCUUUCGUUCUCAAAGCCGCCUCGGAUUUGAAGUUGAUUCAAGGAGGGGAAUCGGUGCAUGCACAGAUUAUCAAAUUAGGUUUUCUCCGCGAUCUAUACGUUGGGAAUUCUUUGGUCAAUCUGUACUCUGCGGCUGGCGAUAUGGAUAUAUGUCUCAAGGUGUUCGAUGAAAUUCCCGUGAGAGAUGUCGUGUCGUGGACUGUCGUGAUCUCGGGGUUUAAGGAUUCUGGGAGGUUUAAUGAUGCGUUAUUAGCUUUUGAUGGGAUGAGAAGCCAAGGCGUGAUGCCUAAUCAGGUGACUGCAGUGAAUGCUUUGGCUGCCUGCGCAGGCUGUGGAGCAUUGGAUACGGGCGUGUGGUUGCACAAUUAUGUGAAGAGGAAGGAGUGGGAACUGGAUGUCAUUCUUGGUACAUCGUUGAUUGAAAUGUAUGGGAGAUGCGGGAGGAUUGAGGAAGGGUUGCGCAUUUUCGAGGAGAUGAGUGAGAAGAAUGUAUACACAUGGAAUGCUGUCAUAAGAGGGCAAGCACUGUCCAAGAAUGGGAAAGAAGCAUUGUGGUGGUUCUUGAGAAUGGAAUGUGAAGGGAUUAAACCCAAUGCUGCUACUUUAACUGGUGUUCUCAGUGCUUGCGUGCAUAUUGGUGAUGUGGAUAUGGGGCAACGUAUAUUUUCUUCGUUAGUUGAUGGGAAGUAUGGAGUUCCACCUAGUGUGGAGCACUAUAACUGUAUGGUUGAUCUCUUGGCGCGUGCUAAGUUGUUAAAUGAGGCGUGUAGGUUGAUCAAUGAGAUGCCAUUUGAACCUUCUGUGAGUAGUUGGGGAGCUUUAGCUGCUGCCUGCAGAGCUCAGGGUGCCUUUGAGUUGGCUGAAUUUGCUGCUUGGAAACUUGUGGAGCUGCAGCCGGAGGGCAGUGCGUAUUAUGUUGCCUUGUCUAAUAUGUAUGCGGAGAAGGGGAAAUGGAAUGAUGCGAGGAGAGUGAUGGAGUUGAUGGCUGACAGAGGACUUAAGAAGGAUAUGGGUUGCAGCAUAGUCCAAGUUUGAGCUGGCAGCCUCAAGUUUUGGCCGCUGCAGCUGCACUGUAAAUACGAUUGCUAGAUAAUGUGCAUUAGAGUCCUUGAUUAUGAAUUCUUGAAUAGUGCAGUGUAGUGAAAAGUUUAGCCGCCAAGGUUAUCAGAUGGUUUAGCUGUUGCCAUGCUUAUUUGUAAAAUCAUUGGGAGUGCAAAGUCAUCUGGUUUCGUGGUGUAGUUGGUUAUCACGUCAGUCUAACACACUGAAGGUCUCCGGUUCGAGUCCGGGCGAAGCCAUUAAGCAAUUUUAUGUUUUCUUCA